UGCUCUUCGUAGGCCCGGCUACUCCGGGAACAGCGCCUCCCGCCAGACCCAAGCGGCUUCCUCCACCCACAACCCGAGAGACGACCCUCUGGGCCCGCCCCGCGGAAGCCUCCGGUUGCCUGGCCAAGGAGCGGACCAGAGUCUCGGGGGAAGCGGUUUAGGGGAGCCCAUGUGACUUCGCGAGCAGAGUCCAGCUGUGUGGAUGCCCCAGCAUGGAUGAGUACAUGGUCCUGAGAGAGAUUGGGGAGGGCUCCUUCGGCAGAGCUCUUUUGGUUCAGCACGAAAGCAGUAAUCAGACGUUUGCCAUGAAAGAAAUAAGGCUUCCCAAGUCUUUCUCCAAUACGCAGAAUUCUAGGAAGGAGGCUGUUCUUUUAGCCAAAAUGAAACACCCCAAUAUUGUUGCCUUCAAAGAAUGUUUUGAAGCUGAAGGACACUUGUAUAUUGUGAUGGAAUACUGUGAUGGAGGGGAUCUAAUGCAAAAGAUUAAACAGCAAAAAGGAAAGUUAUUUCCUGAAGACAUGAUACUUAAUUGGUUUACCCAAAUGUGUCUUGGAGUAAAUCACAUUCACAAGAAACGUGUGCUACAUAGAGAUAUCAAGUCCAAGAAUAUCUUCCUCACUCAAAAUGGAAAAGUGAAAUUGGGAGACUUUGGAUCUGCCCGUCUUCUCUCUACUCCGAUGGCAUUUGCUUGUACAUACGUGGGAACACCUUAUUAUGUGCCUCCAGAAAUUUGGGAAAACCUGCCUUAUAACAAUAAAAGUGACAUCUGGUCCUUGGGAUGCAUUCUGUAUGAACUCUGUACCCUUAAGCAUCCAUUUCAGGCAAAUAGUUAAAAUCUUAUCCUCAAAAUAUGUCAAGGGUCCAUCCGUCCACUGCCAUCUCAUUACUCCUAUGAACUUCAGUUCCUAGUCAAGCUGAUGUUUAAAAGGAAUCCCUCACAUCGCCCCUCGGCUACAACACUUCUCUCCCGAGGCAUCCUAGCCCAGCUUGUCCAGAAGUGCUUAUCUCCCGAGGUCGUCAUGGAAUAUGGUGAGCAGGUAUUAGAAGAAAUAAAAACCUCUAAGCAUAAUACACCAAGGAAAAAAACAAACUCUAGCGGAAUCAGGAUGGCUUUGGGAAAUGAAGCAAUCACAGUGCAGGAGGAAGAACAAGACAGAAAGGGUAGCCAUCCUGAUUUGGAAGGCAUUAAUGAAAAUUCAGUUGAAAGUGCAUUGAGAAGAGUAAACAGAGAAGAAAAAGGUAACAAGUCAGUCCAUCUGCGGAAAGCCAGUUCACCAAAUCUUCACAGGCGACAGUGGGAGAAAAAUGUACCUAAUACAGCUCUUACAGCUCUGGAAAAUGCAUCCAUACUCACCUCCAGUUUAACAGCAGAGGAUGAUAGAGGUGGCUCUGUAAUAAAGUACAGCAAAAAUACUACUCGUAAGCAGUGGCUGAGAGAGACCCCUGGCACUUUGUUGAACAUCCUUCAGAAUGCUGACCUCAGCUUGGCAUUUCAAACAUACACAAUAUAUAGGCCAGGCUCGGAAGGGUUCUUGAAAGGUCCCCUGUCUGAAGAAACAGAAGCAUCGGACAAUGUUGAUGGAGGUCAUGAUUCUGUCAUUUUGGAUCCAGAGCGACUUGAGCCUGGGCGAGAUGAGGAGGACACGGACUUUGAGGAAGAAGAUGACAAUCCUGACUGGGUGUCAGAACUGAAGAAGCAAGCUGGAUGGCAAGGCCAGUGCAAUCCUAAGUCACACUGAGGAGAGGCUUCAAUGAGUUCGUGUUGGGAUGAUAAUUAGUUCAUGUGAUGUAUAUUUUCUUUUGGAAACAGAAUGAAGCAGAGGAAACUCUUAAUACUUAAAAUUGUUCUUGAUUAGUAUCAUGAGUCUGAAAAGUCUAAAACCCUGUAAGUUUUGAACUCAAGGCAGUAGGUAUAGUGGAAUGAAUGUGAGCAUCGGGCUUUGCAGUCCCAUAGAGCAGAAAUGGGAUGCUAGCCUGCCUCUACCUACUUGUGUGAUUGUGGUAAAUUACUUGACCUCUUUGAGCCCCAAUUUCCUUAACCAUAAAGCGAGGAUAAUAAUGCCUACUCAGAGGGAUGCCGACCAUAUGUUAUUAUUCACAUUAUGAUUUGUGUUUAUUAUUAUGUGACUAAAGGUUUGAGAAUAUAUUUAAUUAUGAUACAAUAAUGUGUGCAAAUUUUCAAUGUGACCUGAUUCUGAGUAGUUUGAAAAUCAUUCCAGUGAUCUUCACCAGGGACCAGCUGUCCUUAAGUACAGUCCCUCAUAGGAUUCAUGAAAGAGUCUGGGUUGGAGGGUCAGCCCUGGGAAGUGUGGGCUGGUCUGCAGAUCUUGUCAGAAGAUGGCAGUCCUACAGAUGAGGAAGGAAGAGGCCAGAGGUGAGGAGUGGAAAUGGUAAUGAAACUACCAGAAACUAGAGAGUGAUGUCGAACAAAUGAGGGACACAUGGCACACAUGUGCUGGGUCCUGUCGUGUGUUAACAUCAUCUAAUAGUAUGCACUUUGGUGAGAUGAGAGUAUUUCAUGAAAGAAGAAACAAGCUUUGCUUAGCACCUCUCACAGGGACAUGAGCCAGGCAGAUACAGGGAACAGUGCUAAAGUGAAGAGUAGGGGAAAAUACAUUUAGGGUCAUUAACAAGCACUUGCUGAAAUCUGGAAUAUAUACAUCUUUCUUUUUUGUUUUUUGAGGUGGAGUCUCACUCUGUCACCCAGGCUGGAGUACAGUGGUGCAAUCUCAGCUCACUGAAACCUCCUUCUCCCAGGUUCAAGCAGUUCUCUACCUCAGCCUCCCAAGUAGCUGGGAUUACAGGUGCCUGCCACCACACGCAGCUAAUUUUUGUAUUUUUAGUAAAGAUGGGGUUUCACCAUAUUGGCCAGCCUGGUCUUGAACUCCUGACCUUGAAUCCACCUGCCUCAGCCUCCUAAAGUGCUGGGAUUAUGGUUGUGAGCCCCUGUGCCCAGCCGGGAAUAUAUACAUCUUUUAAAGAUUUAACAAUUUUUGGCUGGGCAUGAUGGCUCAUGCCUGUAAUCACAGCACUUUGGAAGGCUGAGAUGGGUGGAUCAUGAAGUCAGGAGAUCGAAGCCAUCCUGGCCAACGUGGUGAAACCACAUCUCUACUAAAAAUACAAAACUUAGCUGAGUGUGAUAGCGUGUGCCUGUAGUACCAGCUACUUGGGAGGCUGAAGCAGGAGAAUUGCUUGAACCCGGGAGGUGGAGGUUGUAGUGAGCUGAGAUCAUGCCACUGCACUUCAGCCUGGUGACAAAGCGAGACUCCAUCUCUAAGAAAAAAAAAAAUUAACAAUUUUUAAAUCUUAACAUGCAAAACCUGUGGUAUGGAACCUAACCUCAUCCAUUCGCUGUAUUUACAUUUAGUCGUCUUUCAGCUUUCAUUUCUGAUAGUCUCUGGCAGUCUGCAAAUCUUUUCUUGUUUUUCGGGACUUUGACGUUUUUGAGUACUGCUUAGGUAUUUUGUAGACUGUUGCUUAAUUUGGGUUUGUCUCACAAUUGGACUAAGGUUAUGGACUUUGGGGAAAACCACAAAGGUGAAGUGCCCUUGUCGUCACAUCAUUUGAGGGAGUCACAGCAUCAGCAUUACUUAUUCCUGGUGUUGUUCACCCUGAUCACUAGAGUAAGGCAGUGUCUGCCAGGCUCUCCACUAGAAACUUCAUAAUUGUCCAUGUUCAUGCCGUGUUCACUAUAAGCAAGUCACACAGUCCAGUGCGUACUCAAGUGGAGAGGAAUUAAUCUCCACCUUUGGGGGUGAGGUUGGGGGUGGGAAUAUAUCCAAUAGUAAGUCGUUUGUUUUCUUGCUUCAAUUGUUCUAGCUCUGGCCAUCGGGAAUUGUUUCAGGUCAGCCCCCAUGUCCCUUUGAUGUGCCCCUAUCCUUUUGGAAUACUUCCUUCCUUUCUGGCACUACAAGAAGAUGGUCUAGCCUCAUCUUUACCUUCUCUGUCUCAGCCCCAGUAUCAUCCAUUUCAACAAGGAGCCUUGGUUCCCACUGGUUUCCAAACCAAGAUCUGGGUGCUGGGUGUGUUUGUUGCUCCUGGGGUGUCACUGCUUCUAGGUCCUCUCAGCAGACAGCUAGGAAGUAUAUAUGUGUAUACUAACCUGUGUACACUGUAUAAUUGUUUAACUGUCCACACAUCUCUACAGUCAUUUCUGUAUCUCUCCGUCUGUACAUUAAUAUUAAUAAAUGUAAUAUUAAAUUAAGCAUGAGCCAAUACUGACAUGUGCAACUGACCCAAUACUACAAGGUUCAUUCUAGCCUUCUUCUCAUGCUUUUUUGUAACUUCUCUCCCCGACAAUGAGGAAAUUGGCUUGCACAAUCUACCAUCCUCUUAGCUGUUCAAUCCUAGUCUAUUUGUAAAGCACCUUCCAAACCAUUAACCCAUACCUCUGGGAGAAACAAAUUUACCAACUAGGGUACAGAGUUUAUGUAUCUUUCCUACUGUCCCAUGGUUUCCAUUCAAACAGCAUCUCUGAAAAUUAUUUAGGUUAGAUCUUUGAAAUUAGCUUACCACUCUCUUGAAGAUUUUCAAGUUAAAGCAGGCGUGGAUAAUUUUAAGGAUAUUUCCAGAUACUCAGCUUCCAUAUAUACUGUAUUUCAUGCCUCUUACCUUCAAUCUUAGCAUUGCCCAGGGGUAUAAACAUUUCCAAACCAUCAAACAAAAAUAACUUGCUACUGUAUACAGUUACUGAGAGACUGGAUGAGUACUGGAGAAUAAAUCCUUUUGAAAAUCAAA